AUGUACAAGCAACAGGAGAAAAUGGAGGUGCGAAGCACCAAAAUGCCCAAGGAUAUGGAGAGGGAUGCAUUGGAGACGGCCAGACGAGCACUGGAAAGGAAUUCCGAACCCCGCGCGGUGGCAAACAUGAUUAAGAAGGAGUUUGACCAGCGUUAUACGCCCAACUGGCACUGCAUUGUAGGCAACCACUUUGGAAGUCGAUCCUCCAAAUCCAAGCAUGUCAAAUUGCUUUGUUUGCAUUCCUUUAGUUUCAUCACACAUGUGGAGAACAACUUCAUAUACUUCAGUCAAGGCAAAACUGCAAUUCUUUUGUGGAAGACAGCCUAG